UUUAUGAAUUCAUGGCUGAAGAUAAGAUUGGAUAACCUGUUUCGGUGAAGUAGUAUUGCAAUUUCAAUCAUUCCUUGAAUUCUCGAUCGAUACCGCAAAUGAAGAUUGGUGGUGGUGGUGGCGCAACCGGUGUUGCGGCGAAGAAGAGACAACGUACCGGAAGCAGCAACCGUCUGUCCUCCACCGUCGCAGCCAUUGAUUCCUCCCGUCCCGACGAAAUCCUGGACGAAUGUUCUCACAAACCAUCUGCUCUUCGGCGCACCGCCUCUCACUCUCAUCUUCCGAUCUCCUCGCGCGGCGCGUUUAAUGAUUCGGCAUCCGCUGAUACCGUCCUCCGGCUCUACGUUGAUUGUCCCUUCGAUGACGAUGACGCCGAGUCGAUCUCAGCCGUCGAUUCUCUGGACCAGUCCGAUGUCCAGAUCUAUCUCCAUUCCGAUGUGCUUCGCCGCUGCGAGUACUUCGAGGCUCUUUUGUCUGAGCGGUGGUUGAAUGAGUCAAAGGACACUGCGGGGGAUUCUGGAAGCGCAUCUAAGAUGCACCGGUUUAGUCUCGGCGUUCCGGAUACGCCUAGAUCAAUCGACGACCACAUCACUGUUCUUCAACUUCUCUAUACAGACGACUAUUCGGCGACGAUAGAUAGCGUUUCAACAGCGCUGUCAUUGCUUGAGGUAGCUCUGAAGUUGAUAUUUGAGGAGUGUAUUAAGGCCUGUGUACGGUUCCUUGAGGCGGUGCCUUGGACUGAAGAAGAAGAGAAGAGAGUUUUCAGUUUAAUUCCACUUCUACGAGACGAAGAAACCAAGGACCUCCUUGCUAGGGUUGCACCUAUAAAGCAUGAUUCCUCUGAAGACAUGCUUCGUGGGCUAAUUCGCGCCGCACUUCAUAACCACACAAACAUGGCUUUCGUGAAGGCUUUUGUUGCCAAGCUGUUGAGGGACUUCUCUUCAAAGGAGUUGGCUAGGAGGGUGCUCGAUCGUGUAUUCGAAAUGAGCCUGAAGGUUGUGAAGGAGUCGCUGGAGGAGUAUUCGAGUCCAGACUUCAGAUGUGAUCACAACGACCCCGAGGCGAUUCAGAGGUUGAAUUUGCACACUGCUAUGACGAAUGGGAGGCAUCUGCUGUGGUUGGUUGAGAGGAUGAUUGAAUUGAGGGUGGCUGAUACAGCUGUGAAGGAGUGGAGCAAUCAGGUUUCAUUUACUGCUGAUUUACAGAGAGCAUUCCGAGAUGAUGCCUGGAGGAAUUAUGUUCCUGGGCUUCCUGCCGUUGUGCUUCGAUGCACUUGCAAGCUUGCCAAUGCUGUCUCAAUGGGGACUAUCCUGGCUGAUAGACAGGUUAGAAUGAAGCUCGUGAAAAAUUGGCUUCCUGUGCUUAUUGCAUGCAAAGACAAUGUUUCGCCUAUGAUGCCUAAUCACAAACAACUAUAUCUGGAGCUGGAAGAAACAUUCUUGAGGAUUAUAUCAACACUUCCGCUCUCUGAUGCUCAGGAGUUGUUGCAACAGUGUCUUAGCUUCUCAACUCGGAAUGUUGAAGACUGUCCUCACUUGAUCAGUGCAUUCACCACCUGGUUCCGCAGAGCAAACAGAUCCCAUGAGCAGAAAGACUUUGUCUGUAAAAAAUUUGGAGACUGGGCAGACUAGCUAACAUGGACAUAAUAUCACGUAGUUAACUCUUUUCCCUACCAAAUCUGUACAUAGGCUUUUUAGUUUUCCUUUGGUGUUAUACAGGAAGCAUGGUACACAGUGUUCUGUUAGUGUUACCUGGUGCUAUGAAAGUUUCCUUGAACACCACUUGUGACUCUACUUUGUUUUCAGAGUGGACAAUGUUAUAUAAUGAUGUGAUGUAGAUAAACUG